AUGACCUCUGGUGAUUUGGUCAUGGGAAUGAUCUUCCUGUGGCAAAUGAUGGCUGGCUUCCUGGGGAAUUUAUUUCUUCUCUGUUAUUAUAAUUUCCUUUAUUUCACCAGAUAUACCAUAAGGUCCACAGAUUUGAUCCUCAAGCACUUGACUUUGGCCAACUUAUUGGUCAUACUCUCUAAAGGAGUCCCACAAACAAUGUCUGCUUUGGGGUUGAAACAUUUCCUCGGGGAUGCUGGAUGUAAACUUGUUUUCUAUGCUCACCGAGUGGGCAGAGGUGUGUGCAUGGGAAUCACCUGCCUACUGAGUACCUUCCAGGCCAUCACCAUCUGCCCCAGGAGCAGCAGGUGGGCCGAACUCAAAGUACAAGCUUCCAAGUACCUUGGACCAGCCAACAUCCUGUGCUGGAUCCUGAACAUCCUGGUAAACAGCAUCGUUCCUGUAGAGGUUGGCAAGUGGAGCGGCAGAAACGGUACCAACAAAAGGAAUUACGGAUUCUGCUCUGCAGAAAGUAGUAGCAGAAUUACAGGAUUCCUACUUACAGCCCUGUUUGCCUCCUAUGAUAUUUUGUGUUUGGGACUCACAGUCUGGGCCAGUGGCUUCAUGGUUUUCAUCCUGCACAGGCACAAGCAUCAGGUCCAGCACGUUCGUGCAGCUGUUUCUCCCACGUCCUCCCCCGAGUCCAGAGUCACCCGAAGCAUCCUCAUGCUAAUGGGGGCCUUUGUAGCAUUCUACACCCUCUCCUUCAUCUUUUCACUGAUUUUUGCUCUUUCUCGGGAUUCAGGCUGGUUGCUGAUCAACGCUUCUGCACUAAUCACAGCUUGUUUUCCUACAGUCAGCCCCUUUAUUCUCAUGAAGCGUGACCCCAGACUAUCCACGUUCUGCUAUGCCUGCUGUAAAGAGAAUAGCUUCCUAAAUUGUUCAAAGCCUACUGAUCCUGACCAGUCCUUAACAUAUCUAGUAGAUCCAGAAACAUUAUUCCUGACAUCCCCCUAUGAAUUUUAUCCAACAAUACUCUACGGUGAUAACAUGAAUAAUUUUUACCACUGCCAUGUGGAACAACUGUAG